AUGCAUCUAGCAGUCCUCGGCAUCUUUUGGCGCUUCGACCUCUCGAGUGCAUAUGAUACGGGAAGCUGUACCUCUAUCGGUUUUGCUAUUGAUGUCCUGACUGGUCCGUGUGCUUUUCUCGAGCAACCAAAUGUUUACGGACAGUCAGGCGUUGUCAAGCCUGACUGGAAUUCGCAUGGUCCGGAUUGCGCCCUGCAUUUCUCGUUCCAAACAUCGAGUUUGAACAAGAAGCGUUCGAAUCUUGUACUUUUUACCAUGAUCGGUCGGUUUAAGACAUGCUUAAAGGAACUUGCUGACACUUGUCGGACGUGA